UGCUGCCAUAUUUUUGUACAUAACCUCGAGAUAAAAUUCACAUUUUUGCCUCGAGGAAAUCGGCUCAUCCCCGCAGUGACUAUAAAAGGAUAUGUCAAAGCAAUAAAUCGCAGUGAUGAUGUCACAGCUGCCUUGAAAUUUUUCCGAUCAAACGAAUCGCGAUAUGUAUGUAAUCUCGUGCGCAGCAUAGUUUAUAGCAAUGGCUUAUCGUGCAGAUAGCCUUAGAAUAAUACCACCACCACCAUCACCGUCGCCAUGGUCCCGCCUCCCGCAAUUGACGAUGGGAGCACUCGUCCACCCCCAUCAUCGUUCAAUCUCUACAACGAGUCCUCAACUUCACGUCGCACCUCUUUGGAAAGUCUAAGUAAUACACCCGCUGGAAUGUACCUUCGUCGUUUCUCCGAUGAAGUUCCGUCCCCAGUCUCACCUGUACAAUCUCAGGAUGCACCUUUCAUCCAUGAGCUCGGUCCACCCAAUGCCCCAUUCAUGUCAGAGUCAGGUCAUGGUCAUGGUAAUGGUCAUGGACAAAAUUCUAGCCCUAGUAACUCAGUGUACCACGGCAGCGUCGGUGCCCACCUUGCUUCCAAAGGCUCCAAUAAUGACCUUUCUCGUUCACGUAAUAACAGCCUCACUUUUCGUGCUCCAUUCCUCAGCCCAGCUUCCCGUCCAACUUCCAAUAUCGCAUCUAAUACUUGGAACCCCCCCACGUAUCCACAGACACGUCCUGGGUCUCCUACAGCCAGCUCUACUGCGUUAGCCUUCACCCAACGUCACAGUGGCAAACAACCUUUCCAGUCAGCUUUGCUUUCAGAGAAAAUUCCAAAAGAAGAUAAGCCCUGGCUCGCCAAGCCCGCUCCACGCCAACGAGCAAGCUACUGGUUUACAUUAUUUGGGGUUUUCCUCGGCCUCGCAGGAGCUGCGUUGCUAUGCUUUUUUGAGCUACGAUCUUUAAACCUUCUUGACGAGUCCCAACUUUGCACCGUCUUCUUCGACGACUUUACCUCAGGGAGCCUAGACACUUCGAUAUGGAGCCGGACCGUCGAAUUAGGUGGUUUCGGGAACGGUGAAUUCGAAAUCAUGACUAACAAGGACGAGAACCUUAAAAUCGAAAACUCUCAACUAUACCUUAUUCCCACCCUAACGUCCGCUUCGAUAGGAAACACUUCCGCGAUAUUCAAUGGGUAUACGUAUGAUCUUGGUGACGAUUGUACGACAUCGAACGAGACCGCCUGUUCAGUCACUAGUGAUUCCAGUACGAAAACGGUUAUCCCACCGGUGCAAAGCGCGCGGAUAUCGACCAAUGGCACGUACUCGCUGAAAUACGGACGUGUCCAAGUACGUGCCAAGACACCUACUGGAGACUGGUUGUGGCCUAGUAUAUGGAUGUUACCGGUAAAUAAUACCUACGGCGCCUGGCCUCUGUCAGGAGAGAUCGACAUUAUGGAAUCCCGCGGAAAUUCGAUCACAUAUCCUGAUCAGGGCGUCAACUACGUUCGAUCUUCCCUGAACUACGCACCUCUAGCUUCACUUCUAUCCCAAUCCACCAUGUACGGCUGGUGGUUCACAAAACGUCUUGACUCCUCUUCCUGGAACACCGGAUUCCACACUUAUACCUUGGAGUGGACAGACCAAUGGAUGCGGAUGUACGUUGACUCCAGACUCCAAGCCAUGCUCGACAUAUCCCUCAAAUCCUCCAAGGAAUCCUUCUUCAAUCGCGCCGGAUAUCCGUCCACAGCAAUAAACUCGUCCUCCGGAGAUACAGUUGCCGUGGAGAACAUCUACGAUGAAGCUGGAGGAGGUUGGAAUGCGCCUUUCGACCAGGAAUUCUACCUGAUCAUUCAACUGGCUGUUGGUGGAACUUCGGGGUGGUUUCCGGAUGGAGCUGGAGGGAAGAUGUGGACGGACGGGAGUACAGAAGCGAUGUAUGAUUUUGCAGAAGCGCAGGAUGAAUGGUAUGCGAGCUGGCCGACGAGUGAAGACGACAAGGCGCUAAGAGUUGAUUGGGUCAAAAUGUGGAACAUGUGUUAGGUAUGAUCAUGAGUUGGACCAUUUUCUCACUGGACUAGAAUAUGUUUUGGACUUUGGUUUAAUCCUAUCCUUGCUCGAUGUCAGAAUGACUAUUAUCACUAUAAAAUGCUAUACUCCCCCAGUUCAUUCCCCUUGUACACAAACACUAUAUACGCUACACUUGAUAAAUCUGAUGCUGCGGUGAAUUGCUUUUCGGUAAAUUAGCGAUCUUGUCAUUCUUUUUUGUCAUACGCCGCCAUGGAGGAGUACAACCGGCGCCAGUGGUAAAGAGAUCUGGCGAUUGUCGUGGGGAACGAAGAGGCUACGCAGGAUUAUUUACCGGCAAUGCUCACGUUCUCCAUGACCGGCAGCGGGCCGCCCUGCUGCUAGCGCUCGACGAUGCUCGAAGCUGCAGAUACCAUAAUGUAGAUGAUGUAAAAUAACUAGCAUAA